UUGGGCGGGACCGGAAGUGGCCGUUCAGACGUUUUCUUGUUAGCUGUCAAGUGAAACAGUUAGCCGUCAUAGCUCUCUUGGAACAUUACAACCGUUUAGAAACACUUUACGAACCGAUAUUUGAACAUCGUAAAGUACGCAUUUGUUGCUCAAGGCCACGCUUACUAUAUUAUAUCUUAUAUCUCGUAAGUAAGUCAUCAUGGGCGAGGUGGAGCUGUCAUGUCGGGCUUAUGUGAAGAUGUACCUGCACGCCUGUCUGUUUCCUCGGUGCAGCAUCAACGGGCUGCUGCUGUCGUCCAACUCGGCAGGUGGCGCUGUGUGUGUGACAGACUGUGUACCGCUGCUUCAUUCCCACCUCCCUCUGGCUCCCAUCACUCAGCUGGCCCUCACACAGGUGGACGUGUGGUGUUCACAGACUCAGCAGAGGAUCGUGGGAUACUAUCAAGCCAACGCCUGCGUAUCAGACAGCAGCCCGACACCGUGUGCACUGAAGAUAGCCGAUAAGAUUUCUGAGCAGUUUGACAAUGCAGUUUUGUUAAUGCUUGAUGGCAGCAAGAUGUCUUCAGACUAUCGGGUUCCUCCCAUCGUGAUGUACGAGCGCAAAGAUUCAAGAUGGUUGCUCAAAGACAAACACACGAUAAUGCUGAGACAGUGGGAGGAGACUCGGGCCAUCGCCGGUCAGAUGCUGGAGUCGGGCGAUCACACGCUGCUGGUGGACUUUGACAGCCACUUGGACGACAUUACAAAGGACUGGACCAAUCAGAAACUCAAUACCAAGAUAGCCGAGCUCGCGUCGCCGGCCAACGGGAACAUCUAAACCGAGAAGUAGCCUCAGUUUGUACUAGAGCCCGAUUAAUUUAUGUUCUGACCCAUCGGCAUGUGAUUCUUUUUAUAACAACCAGAGGUUAGGUUUAUUUUUAAUGCAUCCUCUCGACUGAACAGGGACAUAACAUAUAGACAUGCAUAAAUAACAAAAUAUUUACAGCUUGGUAGAUCUCUGCAGUCAACCCCCCCCCCCCAGAGUGUGCCUUGUAGUCCAACCCAACACCUUUCUGAUUUAAAAAUUCACCUUAAAAACACCUUUUCACGACUAUUACAAUGCACCUUGUGUCAUGUUGUCUUUGCUUUUUAUUCCUAUGUACAUCACAAUCUCCAGGGUGGACAAUAAAACGGAAACACCUCCCAAAACAAAAGUCCUGCAGUAAAAACAAAGUUGUUUCAGAGCGUCAUGAGAGGUUGGACAUACUUAACACACUGUAUGUUAAGUGGUGUCAUGUAGUACUUUAAUAAACACUUAGAAAUAUCCUUCAUAUCUGCGCACGGCUACAUUAUAGUGUACGACCACAAGAUGAUGUGAUGUGGAGGACAUGUCUCAUGAACUGCUUUAGGAAACAGGAACCGACGAAGAUAUUCUGAGCGUCAGCGGACUCUUUACUGCAAGACUUUUGUUUUGAAAUGUCGGAUGUUUGUGUUUUUGUUUCCCCCUAACUUAUCCAUAACUAGUUUUUAUAACUAAUGUCUGAAUUCAGAGUAACUCACAACACGAAUCCUUCUCUUAAAGGUGAACACGAGUUCAUAACAAAUAAAAUGCACUGACUGUCCCAGUGAAGUCUCCUCAA